AUGACCAGAGAAGAAUCCCCGGGACCAUCGGCUGCCAUCGCUGAUCCGGAACAGGAUCGAGAGACGAGCCCAUGUCGUGACUGCGGCACUGCGCAUCACCCUAUCCGGCUCAUUAUCUGUGCAGAUGGCACUUGGUUGACUCCAGACGGAGCAAUUGGGGCCCCCCAAGGCAAUGCUACAAACAUCAGUCGGCUAUGGAUGAUGGCAGCUGUGGGAGAAGUCAAGGACGCAACCGGGAAGACCUGGUUGCAGCAACGACACCCGAUUGUCGACGGUAUAGGUGCCGUCGAUGGCCCCAUCGAGCGCCUCGUCUCUGGAGUGACUGGGAAAGGGAGAACUGGCUACGAGUCUAAAAUCAAAGAGAUCUACAAGCGAUGCUGCAAGUUGUGUCCAUCCCAGGAUGAGAUCUUUCUCUUCGGCUCAAGCCGAGGCGCUUUCGUCGUCCGCGCCGUUGCCGGUCUACUUCACCACCUGGGAGCGUUGCGUGCCAAUGACCCUGACUUUGACGACGUUUUCGACAAGUCCCUACAACUUUAUCACGCCGCAAAGACGAGAGAUGACCUACUGCGGAACUCUGUGUUUGCACAUCGAUCACACCACACCCGACCCAGCCCAGCAAUCAAGUUUCUCGGCCUGUUUGAUACAGUCAAGGCCCUGGAUGACGAGGGUCUCAAUGAUAUGGGUCUUCUGAGAACGACGUUGCACGCGCGACACGCCCUUGCUCUAUUUGAGCGCAGGAACGCGUAUCGGCCUACUCAGUUCCCGUCUACGGACCUAGAAGACUUGGAUGGUUCACGCAGUCUUCAGGAGGCCUGGUUCGUUGGCACGCAUGGCAAUCUCUGCGGAGGAUGCGAGGAGGACGGUCUGGCUCUGUGGCCGCUGCAGUGGAUCGUCAGCGAGGCUGAAAAGUAUGGGUUCAAAGUCGGGUUUCAACGCCUAGAAGGGUCAAACGUCACGGACCCAUCACACCUCAUCUUCCCACGCGGUGUCCCAGUGAGGCAGAUCCGGUACAAGAACGGGAUAAAAUCAUCUGUGACAGAUUUGACAGGCGCAAUGAAAAGGCCUGGACUCAACGCCAGUCUUGACUUUGGGAUCGACAUCCCGGGAAAGGACGACCGACUCAUAUUCAAAGACGGAGGGCUAGUUGGCUAUCUCUCAAACAGCCCUCACGGUGUCUUCAUUCACCCCUCCGUGUAUUAUCUUGACCACAAGAACCCUGGAGUGGUUCAGCUGGUCAACAGGUGGAAAUUCGAAAAGGAACUGCGAGACACAGAUCGAUUUAUCAUUCGCGAACACCGAGCGCUAUGGAACAUACAUGACGAGAUCCACAGUGCAAUGGCCCCAGAUUUACCUCGAGUCUUGAUAGCAGGGCAUACGCAUGCUGGAAAAUCUGCACUGAUCAACAAAGUUGUUGGCCGAAUGGCAACAGUCCCCGAGCACGGUGCAAGGAUGGGACGAAGUCGAAUACGAGAGGCCAUCACCGGUGGCAACCCUACAUUGUCAUUACACGAUGCUAGAGGGUUUCAGACUGGUACCAACAAUGAAAUGCGCGAUGUCCAGAACUUUGUGUCCGAAUGUGGGCAGAAGCCUAGGCUACAAGACCAGCUUCAUUGUAUAUGGGCGGAUCUCGGACGAAUCCCUCUGGUUCACGUCUUUACCAUGAGUGAUAAGCUCCUCUCUGACGUUGAGACGGCGGUGUUUGAUGAAAACAGAAAUAGAUUGAUCGACGAGGGUCACCAGGAACUCAACGAGAUCUACCGAUGGGGAGACCUACCCGAUGCCUUGAGACAGAACCUGCGGCCACUCGUCUCUACGAGAUAUACCCAGAGAACAGAGUCAAUGGCCGCGGAGUGGAGACAACGAUUUCCAAGAAUCGGGUCCACGAUCUUUGUGAAUGUCACAGCAAGCGGCACACAGUCGAUCAGGGAUUUGGUUACUGCGUCAUAUGCCAAACUGACCAGCGAGAUUGUUGCCGACAUACAUCGAUCGGCGCAGAAGCGAUUCGUCCAGGACCGGCACAAACGAGCCAUCCAAGCCGCCGUACGAGAAUUUGGUCGACAUCGACCCAACUUCCAAUUCCUUGGCUCGAAAGACAAGAAAUCGCAACUCCUGUCAAAGGCCAUUCGUGCCAUUGCCACGGUAUACGAUUACACCGAGCCUGAUCCCCUUGCGAUUGAUUCCAUCAUCGGCAACGCGCUGAAGGUGCCCAAGCCGGUCAAAAAUGACUCGGCCAUUCUCCUGGGAAUCUUCGGCGGCUCCUUCCUGAGCGCGAGCAUCUUCAGCGCGGCCCUCAAUGACGCAGCAAUAGCCGCAGGCACCGCCCUGCCGAUGUUGUGGAUCGCUGGAGGUGCUCACGUCGCCGUCACCGUUGCGGUUCGAACGUAUCUCGUGUCGAUCGAGAUGAUCAUCAUCUGUCUGGAAGUGCUCCUUAUCCUGGACCGUGUCUUCUGGUACGACAGCGGAAUCAUCAAGGAGCGUUACAUCGAGGGGGCCUGUAUGCACUACCUGCGGAAGCGGCCCGAGGUCCAGAAAGCCGUUUGGAAAGAGUUCGGGUUUCCCGGCACGAUACCAACCAAGGAAGCAGCAGAGAAGGCAUUGACGACGCUCUUGGAGAGGUUCAAAUACAAGAAGCAGGCCUGA